UGUAGAAAGACAACACUCAUAGAGAGAGAGAGAAGUUAGUUGUGAAGGUGAAACAGAGAGAGAGAGAGAGAGAGAGAAUUGAUAAGCAAUGAAAGGCGUUGAAAUUGAACAACCAUUAAAACUUCACUUCAUUCCAUAUCUAUCACCUGGGCAUAUGAUCCCUCUAUGUGACAUUGCAACCCUGUUUGCAUCCCGUGGCCAACAAGUCACAAUCACCACCACUCCCUUGAACUCCCACUUCUUCACCAACAAGUCUCCCUUCUUCCGCCUUCACAUCGUAGAUUUCCCCUCCCUACAAGUCGGCCUCCCUGACGGUGUCGAAUCUUUGUCCUCCACCACCGACCACGCCACCUCCAUCAAGAUCUAUACAGCCGCAAAGCUCCUCCUUGAACCCAUUGGGGAUUUGAUGCAGAAGGAUCCACCUGACUACAUCAUUGCCGAUUGCAUAUACCCAGGGGUUUAUGACAUGGCCCAUAAGCUUCAAAUCCCCAUCCUCGCCUUCACCGUUUUCUCCCUCUUUACAGUCUCUCUUUUGGAAUCCCUUAGAACAAACCAUUUACUUCAUUCUCACAUGGAUUUAGGUUCCUUUGUUGUUCCAAAUUUUCCUCAUCGUAUCACCUUAUGCACUAAUCCACCAAAGGCGUUCACCGAAGUCAUGGAAACGAUGCUUGAGGCAAUACUCAAAAGUAAUGGACUCAUUGUUAACAACUUCGCUGAACUUGAUGGCCAAGAGUGUGUCAAACACUAUGAGAAAACCACAGGUCACAAGGCUUGGCAUCUUGGUCCAGCUUCUCUUAUUCACAAAACUGUUCAAGAGAAAGCAGAUAGGGGAAAUGAGAGUGUUGUGAACGUGCAAGAGUGUCUGAGUUGGCUAAACUCGAAGCGAGAUAACUCUGUGUUGUACAUAUGCUUUGGGAGCAUAUGCUAUUUCUCAGAUAAACAACUUUAUGAGAUUUCGUGUGGCAUAGAAGCAUCAGGCCACGAAUUCGUAUGGGUUAUUCCCGAGAAAAAAGGGAAGGAAGAUGAGAGUGAUGAGGAUAAACAAAAAUGGUUGCCUAGUGGAUUUGAAGAGAGAAACAUUGGGAGAAAGAAGAAGGGUUUGAUCAUUAGGGGUUGGGCCCCACAAGUAAUGAUUAUGAGCCACAAUGCAGUGGGCGCGUUUAUGACACAUUGUGGAUGGAAUUCCGUCGUGGAGGCGGUUAGUGCUGGAAUUCCGAUGAUCACAUGGCCAUUGAAUGGUGAACAUUUUUACAAUGAGAAGUUGAUAACUGAUGUGCAUGGAAUUGGAGUGGAAGUUGGUGCAACAGAUUGGUCUAUGUACGUUAUUGACGAGAAAAAGGUGGUGAGUAGAGAUAGCAUAAAGAAUGCUGUGAGAAGAUUGAUGGAUGGUGGCAUUGAAGCUGAGGAAAUCAGACGACGUAGUCAAGAGUUAGGGGAAAAAGCUAGACUAGCUGUUCAACAAGGUGGCUCCUCUAAUAAUAAUUUGUUAACACUGAUUGAGGAUCUUACAAGAUUGAAACACAUCCGCAAGCCACUUCAUUAAUUCAAAUACUUAUUGUCUUAGUUUUUCCAACUUAUUAAUUAAAUCGUGGGUCGUCAACUUUUUGUCUUUGUUGUAAAAAAAAAAAAAAAAACUUAUUGUCUUAGUUUUUCGAUGCACUGUUUAGGAAGCAUUGGCACGUUUCCUUUUUAUGGAUUCUUCUUAUUGAUGAGAAAUAAUAAUCAUGCUACUUUAUCAAA